AUGGCUGAUUCGGGUGGACUGAGCUUAGCUGAUGAGGAGUUAUUCGCUAUGAAGCUAAGCUCUUUAAUUUUGAUCCGAAUGGAGAGUACUACUGGUCUUAGAAAGGGAAAUAUGGUGACUGUGUUGAGCAUUGAUGGAGGUGGCAUCAGAGGGAUAAUUCCGGGCACCCUCCUCGGUUUUCUUGAAUCUAAGCUUCAGGCAAUGGAUAGACCCGAUGCAAGAAUUGCAGAUUAUUUCGACGUAAUUGCAGGAACAAGCACAGGUGGGCUAGUCGCCACCAUGCUUACUACUCCCAACAAUAAUGACAACCGUCCACUCUAUGCUGCAAAGGACAUCACCAACUUCUAUUUAGAGCACUCUCCCAAGAUUUUUCCCCAGCACAGCAGUCGGAAAAGCUUUGUGGAUUCAAUAAAAAGCAUGUUUGGUCAAGCAGAAGGGCCAAAGUACGACGGGGAGUACCUGCGGUUAUUGACAAACGGGCUACUUGGCGACUUAACUUUGAAACAGACCCUGAAAAACGUGGUCAUCCCGACCUUCGAUAUCAAGCUCCUUCAACCAGUAAUCUUUUCGAGAACCGAUGCAAAACUGAAUGAUUUGAAGAACGCUAGGCUAGCAGAUGUUUGCAUUGGCACCUCAGCAGCACCCACUUUUCUUCCAGCACACUACUUCGAGACAAAGGAUGCCGAGGGAAACAGUCGUGAUUUCAAUCUCAUUGACGGCGGGGUUGCUGCAAACAAUCCUACUAUGAUGGCCAUAAGCCAGAUUUGGAAAGAAAUUCUGAUGCAAAACACUGAUGAUGAUCGUAUAAAACCAUUGGAGCACAGCAAGAGAAUGCUGGUUCUAUCAUUGGGCACGGGUGCAGCCAAGCAUACACAGAAAUACAGUGCAGCCGCAACCUCCAAAUGGGGUUUGCGUGAUUGGUUGUACGACAACGGUGCCACACCAUUGCUUGAUGUUUACGGAGAUGCAAGUUCUGAUAUGGUUGACUUUCACGUCUCCACCCUCUUCCAAGCCCUCGAUUGUAAGAACAAUUACCUUCGUAUUCAGGAUGACAAGUUAACAGGAGAGGAAUCGACUCUUGACAUUGCAACCUCGGAGAAUCUGCAAAGGCUGGUGGAGAUUGGAAAGGAGCUAUUGAAGAAGACAGUGUCAAGAGUGAAUUUGGAUACCGGCAACUUCGAGGAAAUUAAGGGUGGGAGUUCUAAUGAAGAAGCACUUGCCUAUUUUGCCGAGCUGCUCGUGGAAGAAAAGAAAUUUAGGCAAAACCAAUGA